AUGUCAUCUCACAGUAACUUUUCGUUACCCCCUUUCGAAUUUAACCACUUCUCGUCCUAUAACCUUAUUGUUGCUUGUGUCGGUGUGGGUAACGUAGCCCAACUUGCGUGCGACCUCUUAAUCUAUAACUUGGGUUGUAAUAUUGUUAGUAAUUUAAAUUUCGAAUAUUGUCCGUCUGUAAUCGGUAAUAAUCCUUAUCAAACAUCGGAAAAUGUGCAGAGUUUGAUGACAACCUCUCAGAUUUGUGCUAAUCCCGAACUUCAGUUAGCUGUGUUACAAAUUCGAGCCCCUCCCUUUGACGGUUGUAAACGAAAGCAUGUCAAAGAGCUUGUAAACUUUCUGGAAUCUGCGAAGUUUAAAACUGUGGUAUUGCUCUCAAGUAGCUUUGCGUCUAUUCUCAAAGAUGAGGAGCUUAACGCGGAGCCGCUGCAGUAUGCUUUGUCGUCGUCAUUUUGUAUUUCCGAUCGUAAACGUUUUGAGGAACUCAAUUGGUUUCCCCUUAAAGCAUACAAUGACCACUCAGAAUGUAAAUUAUCUGCUACAUAUUAUUUACCUGGGUGUGGAGUUGCAACUUAUUUAUAUGAUGAGUUACUCAAAAAUGAAGGCAUAUCUGUUUGUCUGUUAAAUCUUUUUACAUCUGAAGGUGAUAAUAGUGGAGAUGCACUUUAUGUCGUGCGACGUUUGGAUGAUUGGUUACAACUCACAGCCCAACGUGAAGUUAAAAAACCAAGUUUUCACUGGUCUGCCCCUCCCUCUUGGAGCUGUUUAUUUGGAAGUGAUCCCAUUAAUGAAUUAUAUUAG